GUCACUUUGAACAGUCGAAUGAACGUGUCGAUGGAAGAGUUGUUCGAGGAUCUGUUACCCUCGCGGGAGAAGGGAGAAAGGAUCAUCUUGCAUGGCGACCAAGUGAGAGAAAAGAAUUUAAGAAUUUAAGAAUUUUCCAAUAAAUUAAUAAUUAAUAAAAUACAUACACCAACUGUCGUACACCUCUGUUUCUAUUUUUGCUCGAUUCACGAUUCUUCGAACUCUCGAGUCACGUCAGGCAAGAACAAGCAUCACCGAGCAAGAACUUCGGAACUUGGUGUAUUGCGACUUUGGGGAUGCAAAAGUGGACACGCGACUGUACCAGGAGGUUUCAAAUCUCGAGCAAUUACGAGAGAUAGUGGAAACUUAUUUGGCCGAGUACAACGCAAUGUCUAGAAAGCCGAUGAACUUGGUGUUAUUCCGGUUUGCCAUCGAACAUUUGGCGCGGAUUUGCCGCGUUAUCAAACAACCGCGAGGUCACGCGGUGCUUGUCGGCGUUGGGGGCACGGGAAGGCAGUCGUUGACCAGGCUGGCCUCGCACAUAUCCGACUACGACGUUUUUCAAAUUGAAGUCACUCAGCAAUACGGUGUUCACGCGUGGCACGACGAUGUCAAGGGAAUUCUGAGACGCGCGACCGCCACCGAUCUUCAUUCUACCUUCCUCUUCUCCGAUACUCAAAUCAAACACGAGAACUUCCUCGAGGACAUUAGCAAUUUGCUUAAUUCCGGAGAGAUACCGAAUAUAUUUACUGGCGAAGAACUGGCAGAGAUCUGCGAGCAGAUGAGGCAAAUAGACAGGCAGCGGGAUCGGUCGGUACAAACGGAUGGAAGCGCGGUUGCUUUGUUCAAUCUGUUUGUCCAGAUAACACGCGAUCAACUUCACAUCGUGAUAACCAUGUCACCGAUAGGAAGUAAUUUUCGCAUUAGGAUCAGGAAAUUCCCGGCAUUGGUCAACUGUUGCACCAUCGAUUGGCUCCAGCCGUGGCCAGAGGAUGCCCUGCUGGCGGUUGCGACUAAAUUUCUCUCGACGAUCGAAUUGACGGACAACGAGAGGGCCGCUGGCAUCGACAUGUGUCAAUUCUUUCACGUUUCCACGCAAGAUACAAGCGCCGAGUUCCUGAUUCGACUGGGCAGACACGUUUACGUCACUCCAAUUUCAUACCUCGAGAUGAUAAAUACGUUUAAAGAUCUGUUGACGAGGAAACGAGAAGAAAUAACGAUGGCAAAAGUUCGAUACGAACGUGGUUUGGGCCAGUUGGAUGAAACGCAAAAGCAAGUAGCGACGAUGCGAGAGAUUCUGAAAUCGUUGCAACCGCAACUGAUAACCGCCACGCAAGAUGUCGAAAGAACGUUGCAGGAAGUUGACCGAGAGAGACAAGAAGUGGCGGAAUUUGAGAAAAUCGUCAAGAUGGACGAGAGCGCAGCUGAGAUUUACGCGAACGAAGCAGCCGCGAUCAAAGCGGAAUGUGACGCUGAUUUGAGCGAAGCGAUGCCGAUUCUGAAACGCGCGCAAGCCGCGUUGGACACUUUGACGACAGCUGACAUCGCUGUAGUCAGAGCGAUGAAGAAACCGCCGCAAGCAGUCAGGUUGAUCGUCGAAAGCGUCUGUGUUCUCAAGGUUGAAAAUUCUCUCAACUUUCAGUUCAGCAGUAGUUCUAUAAUUCUCGUGCGUUAUAUUCGUACUUUAUAUUCGCAUGUACUGCAGCAAAUAAAACCGGAGAAAGUUCAGCAACCGGAUGGCACGUUCGCGGAGGAUUACUGGAGGGCAGCUCUGAGAAUGCUGAGCGACGUGAAAUUCCUCGAUUCGUUGCUGAAUUUUGACAAAGACAACAUUCCCGACGCCGUGAUUGAGAAAAUUCGAAGCGAAUACUUGACCAACCCGGAUUUCAAUCCCGAGAAGAUAAAGAAAGUAUCGACCGCGUGCGAGGGAUUGUGCCGAUGGGUGUACGCAAUGUCGGAAUAUGACAAAGUGUCGAAGGUAGUGGCUCCGAAGAAGAAAGCUCUGGCAGAAGCUCGCAAGAUUUACGACGAGGCUAUGAAUAAUUUAAAAGCGAAACGGCAACAACUUCGACAAGUACAGGAAAGAUUGAAAACGUUGGAAGAUGUUCUGGAGCAAAGAAAAAUGGCUUUUCAAGCAAUGUCCGACAAAGUGGCAGACUGCGAAGUCAAGCUGAAACGUGCCGAAGACUUGAUCGGAGGACUGGGCGGAGAAUACACGCGUUGGUCCGAUACAGCGAAAUUUUUAGGAGAAAGGUACCAGCGAUUAAUGGGUGACAUUGUGAUUGCCUCGGGCGUAAUCGCCUACCUAGCUCCCUUCACAAUGCCGUUUCGUCUUCGACAGAUCGCUCUAUGGGUAGAACGAUGUACCAAUCUGCGAGUGAUUUGUAGCUCAGACUUUCAACUACGUGACGUUCUCGGGGACCCAGUGUCCAUCAGAUCUUGGAAUAUUUUCGGACUUCCGAACGAUGCGUUUUCCAUCGACAACGGUAUUAUCAUCGAAAAUGCGAGAAGAUGGCCGCUGGUGAUAGAUCCUCAAGGUCAAGCCAACAGAUGGAUAAAAAACAUGGAGAAACGAAAUAACGUGAACAUUAUUCGGCUAACUCAGCCAGAUUACGGCCGAGUGUUGGAAAACGCGUUGCAAUUUGGACUGCCGGUACUUCUCGAACACGUUGACGAAGAAUUGGACGCGAUGCUCGAGCCGAUUUUACUCAAAGAAACGUUCAAGCAAGCUGGCGUGCUCUGCAUAAAAUUCGGUGACGCGAUCAUCGAGUACAACAGUAAUUUCAGGCUGUACAUUACCACAAGAUUGAGAAAUCCGCAUUACCUGCCAGAGAUAGCGGUGAAAGUAACGCUGCUAAAUUUCAUGAUAACGCCGACCGGACUGGAGGACCAAUUAUUGGGCAUUGUUGUAGCAAAGGAGAGGCCGGAUCUCGAAUCGGAGAAGAACGUUCUGAUCGUACAGGGAGCUGCGAACAAAAAGCUGUUGCGAGAAACGGAGGACAAGAUCUUGGAGAUAUUGUCGAUUGCCGAGGGUAACAUCCUGGAGGACGAAGAAGCGAUAGACGUUUUAACGUCGUCGAAAAACUUGAGCGACGAAAUUCAAGUGAAGCAAACGGUAGCCGAGCAAACGGAAAGAUCAAUCGACGAAGCCAGAUUGCAGUACACGUCUAUCGCCGUAUAUUCGACCGUGUUGUUUUUCACCACUGAAAGACUGAAAGACGGAAGAAACAUAACGACGAAAACAUUGGUUUCAGCUGCCUUGGUAAAUAUCGAUCCCAUGUAUCAAUAUUCAUUGUCGUGGUUCGUAAGUCUGUUCGAACUGACGAUUGAUCAUACGGAACCAGCGGAGACGGUGGAGCAACGAUCGAAAGAUCUCGUCAGAUAUUUCACGUAUUCCCUGUACGCGAACAUUUGUAGAUCUUUAUUCGAGAAGGACAAGUUACUGUUUUCUCUGUUACUGACGGUCAAUUUGCUGAAACAACGAGGGCAACUUUCUCCCUCGCAUUGGAUAUUUUUGCUGACGGGUGGAAUCGCUAUCGACAAUCCACACGCGAAUCCGACGACGUGGCUACCGAUUAAACAGUGGAACGAACUGUGCAACCUCGACCAGGUGCAAGAGUUUUCGGGUAUUCGAGAAGCAUUUGUCGACAACACGGUCGAAUGGAAGCGAUUAUUCGACUCGAAGGAACCGCAAACCGAAGCCGUCCCCUCGCCGUUUCAACAUUUGGAUCGGUUCGAGAAAAUGUUGAUACUACGAUGCAUUCGUCCCGAUAAGAUGCUGCCAGCGGUACAGAGUUUCGUCGAGGGUAUCGUCCCCAAAAUAUUACUCUUAUUAUACAUAUACACGGAUACUUUUCACACGCUCUUCAGAUUUUCCUCCAGAGAACAAACUUUUUCCCUCAAACUAACGAUCGACACGAUGCUACUUUCACGCACAGCGGAACUUGGUUCGCAAUUCAUCGAACCGCCACCGUUCGACUUGGCUUCUACUUAUGCCGAUUCAAACUGCUGCGUCCCACUGAUAUUUAUAUUGACACCGGGUACCGAUCCAGCGCGAUUACUACUCACGUUUGCGGAUGAACAAGGUUACAGCGUCGACCGCCUUUUCUCCAUUUCCCUCGGUCAAGGACAGGGGCCAAUCGCCGAGGAAAUAAUUCAAACGGCUGUGAUAGUCGGUAACUGGGUGGUUCUGCAAAACUGUCAUUUGGCCGUCAGCUGGAUGAGUACUUUGGAAAAAAUUUGCGAAGGCCUGAUGCCCGACACGAUUCACCCCGAGUUUCGUCUCUGGUUGACAAGCUACCCGUCCGAACACUUUCCCACCUCGGUUCUAGAGAACAGUAUAAAAAUGACGAACGAACCACCGAAAGGCUUAAGGGCUAACAUCGUUAGAUCGUACGCCAGUGAUCCGAUCAGCGAUCCGGAUUUCUUCGAAUCUUGCUCGCAAACUGAAAACUUCAAGAAGCUUCUCUACUCGUUGUGUUUCUUCCACGCUGUGGUCCAGGAAAGACGAGAAUUCGGCUCGAUCGGCUGGAACAUCAGAUACGAGUUCAACGAGACUGACCUUCGAAUCAGCGUUUUACAAUUGCACGUUUUCCUCGAUCGGUACGAAGAUGUGAAAUUCGAUGCUCUCAAGUAUCUGACCGGCGAAUGCAAUUACGGUGGGAGAGUUACAGACGAUUGGGAUCGCAGAACCUUGAACGCUAUACUGUCAAAGUUUUAUUCCGAAGAAUUACUCGCCAAGAAAUAUUGUUAUUUCGACGAUACUUCGACGAUUUACUAUUGCCCAAACGUGCGAGAACACGAAGCGUUCGUAGAAUACACCAAAAAUUUACCAUUGAUCGCGGAACCGAGUGUUUUUGGGAUGAACGAGAACGCGGAUAUUAUCAAAGAUCAGCGUGAAACGAACUUUUUAUUUUCGUCGCUUCUACUAACUCAGGAGAGAAUCGAGUCGCCAACUGGACAAUUCACCAACGACGAGAUAGUACUUGGAAUGUCGAACGAUAUUUUAGAAAAAUUGCCAGACGACUAUGACCUUGUAUCGGCACUUGAAAAAUACCCAAUGUCUUACGAACAAAGCAUGAACACCGUGUUGAUACAAGAAAUGGGAAGAUUUAACAAACUUCUCAGCUGUAUCGAGACUAGUUUGGAAAACGUUAUACGAGCUAUUAAAGGUAUUGUCGUCAUGUCGUUUGAAUUAGAAGAUAUCUACGAUGCUAUUUUGAUGAACAAGAUACCUGCUUUGUGGCAACAACAUUCGUAUCCAUCGCUAAAGCCGCUUGCUAGUUACGUACACGAUUUGUCAAAUCGUUUGAAUUUCUUUAAAGAAUGGUACGAGAAGGGAGCACCGAACAUUUAUUGGAUCUCGGGCUUCUACUUUACUCAAGCAUUCCUCACGGGGACCAGGCAAAAUUAUGCGAGAAAAUAUCAAAUUCCCAUAGACCUUUUAAUUUUCGACUUCUUCGUGUUAGAUCCCGAUACAACAAUGUACGUGCGACAUGCUCCCGAGGAUGGAGUUUAUAUACACGGAUUGUUCUUAGACGGGGCUAGAUUUGACAAGGAACGAAUGGUUUUAGACGAAAGUUUGCCAAAAAUGUGGUUGUUACCCGUGAAAAAAGAAGAUUUAAAAGAAAGAGCAACGUACGAAUGUCCCGUGUAUAAAACUAGCGAAAGACGAGGAGUUUUAUCAACCACUGGACAUUCGACGAAUUUUGUUAUCGCCAUGACCUUACCUACAUUAAAAUCGCCAGAACAUUGGAUUAUGAGAGGAGUCGCACUGCUUUGUCAGCUCUCUGAAUAAAAGCUAUUUCCUUCUCAUUUCUUUCUCAUCUUUGAAACGC